UUUAUAAAUUAAAUAUUCCCAGUGUUGGUUAGCUCACACUCGCACAUAUGCACUGACCAACACUGCCGGCGUCAUGGUGGUCGACGAGGAGCAGCAGCAACAGCGGGAAAAUGUCCUUAGGCAGGAGCAACAGCUGUUCGAAGUCCAGGCAUCCGACUGCUGUGGCAAUGGCUGCACCAACUGCAUCCUGGACAACAAGCCCAAGCCCAGCAAGCGUGUCCUGUUGGCUGGAAAGCGAAACAUUAUCUUGGCUUACACAAAAUUCCGUUUAAUUGGCAAGGAAGCCCAUCGAUUCGAUGAUCAUGUGCUGCUCCUGCACUUCGGAGCUGCAGAUGAAGCUGAUGAUGUUGAGGAUUCUGUGCUGGACAUACCACCUGGACAUCAUGUAAUGCUCCGUGUGGGUUCCCUGCUUCGUCCAUAUUCCCCUUACUGGAGUGAUUUCCAGCGGCGAGAGUUCCGGAUUUUGGUGAAACUGCAGCCAGAGGGUCCCAUGUCUAGGCACUUGGCUGUCUUGCAGCCCAACGAUCUCCUCGAGUUCCGUGGUCCCAUUGGGAACUAUACCAAUGACUCCAGCCUGACCAAGUGCAUCUUUAUUGUGGCCCAAGGAGUGGCCAUUGCACCCACAUUGCCGCUGAUUCGGUCCGUGCUAGAGAACGAGGAGGAUAUGAGUCGCAUUUGGCACUUGGUGUGUGCCCGGGAUCUGGAGCAUGUCUAUUUCCGUGAGGAGUUGCUGGAGUUUGGCCAGAACUGGAACUACAGGAGCUGUCUUUAUUUGCCCCAUCAAAAGUGUGACUCUCCUGCUUGCCAAAGUUCAGAUCACUGCGGUCCAGAGUGUCAGGAGCUCAGGCGGAGUCUUCGCUAUAAGGAGGUGGCCAAGGUUGCCCGAUUGGAUGCCACCGAGUUAGCCAGUCAUGGCAAUUCCAACAUUCCCGGACAGCGAGUCCUUAUUGUGGCAGGAGAUGCGAGCUUCCAGAAGAAGAUGAAGGAAAUGGCUUCCCAUUCCUUGGAUGUGGAUCCUGCUAAUGUUUAUUUGCUGUGAUUUUUUAAGGAUCUGGAAUUCCAUCUACAAAGCCAAAGACAAUAUGGAAGAUUGGUCUUUGGCCAGGCGGCCGCUGCAUUGAUCAGCGUGGCGUCGGACUUUUCCGGCAGCUGUGGU